AUGCCGGAUUCCUUGAAUAGCAUUCUUGGAAGGACUCAGCAACCCUCAAACGGCGACCCGUACUUAGCCACUAUAUCCAAUGGCUUUCUUACGAGUCCUGUGCCUGAUUUCGCCUCCACCCUAACCACCCAGGCUGAGCAAGAUGCGGAGGAUGAUAAUCUUCGGUUCUUGAGAGGGGAGUUAUCUUCCUCGGAUGAUGAAUCCUUGACAGAGAGCGAUUCGAACAGCGUCAGGGAGCAGCGGACUCGACGGCCAUCGCAUCGCCCGCAUGAGCGGAGAUAUUUGGAGGAACGAGCGAGAGGCGUCAUACAGCAAGAAUACAAUGGGUGGGCGCCUGCAGCGACCGAGGAUGAUCAAGGGGGGACGGUCGGCAUGAGUAAUCGACUUGCUUAUCCGUCGUAUCACUUCAUGAGAAAUGACGAUAACCUAAGAGCAAGGUUGCGGGAACGGCGCCAGGAAGACCAAGCUGCCGCGCAGAUCGCAGAAAGUGAUUCAGGACACCAAGUAUUUGCAAUUCCACCUCAGAGGCAUCCUUCAAGAUUUGUUGAAAAUGGCAUGACUGGUACGCCUACGUCCGAGUCGUCACUUCGAACAACUGCCAUGCUGCAGGCCGUGAGGCAAAACAACCCCUCACAGCAAACUCGUCAAUCACUACAGCGUUUCAUACUCGAUAGAGAACGUAGUCUGCUUGACUCGGAAUCGAGAGAGAAUGAAGGAUCUCAAUCGACACUGCGCCAUUCAUCUUCUAACCAAAGACGACUUAUGUCUCACGACGACUUAAGACGAGAGAUUCAGCAGAGUCGUAACACGCUUGAGCAUCAUCAACAACGUAGAGCUAAUCUUGAAAGUCGACUACAGCAACAAACGCAACAUCUUAGUUCUUCGAAUAGCAACAGAAGGCUGCACUCAGAAGAUGUGCGAACACCAUGUCUCCCCAAUCUAAGCGGGCUAUGUAUUGAAGGAAUAGUGAAAUAUUUAGAGACCUUGAGAGUUUGCGAAUCAAAUGGCGAAGGUUGGGAUGCAGCCAUAGAAAGCGGUUUCAAUCCAGAAGAGACCCAUCUCCACAACAGCGAUGACUUUUUACUGGACACAACUACGAUUCCGUCACCUCCAUUCAGCUCAUGGCUCCAAGUUGGUAGUGUACUAUCCGGAAAGCAAUUUGCUCAUCCCCUUACUCGGCCCCCAUCAAACGGACAAGGGAGAUGGUCUUCACAACGCUCCGAUGUACGACACCCAACCCUUGGAACAUCCAGUGCACGAACAAUAUCGCCUGUCAGAUCAUCCAAUGAUGAAGGCUUAGUAUCCCAUUCUCUACGAACUCAAAGGAGGGAAGUGGAGGAUGACAAAUGGCCAGUGAAGGUUACAAUACACAGUAUUGACUAUGAAGAACUGACGCUCUCGGGUACAAUGGAAGCAUUUGACGUUCCAGAUAAAAUAUCACCAUCGAAGUGUUCAAGUAUCACUACAUAUCUAGAAGGCGAGAUUAUCGACUUCAAUAAAAAUACCUUAGAAACCAAGGGCUUCAACGCAGACUGUAGGAUUGAUGGAAUCUACUGGCGAAAGCUGCCACCAUUCAGAGACAUGAAAGACGACGAAGUUAUUAAAAAAUUCUUAAGCAAAACCUGGAUGCAGCGUGAGCUGAUGCAGAAAUGGAUAUUGAUGAGAUGGAAGGAGAAGCAUUUCGUCACGCCCUCGGAGGCAGAAUCAUCCCUUACUAUCAGUGGCUUCUACUACAUCUCCAUGCGACGCUCUGAUGGGCGCGUAGAAGGUCUCUACUAUGAUCCAACUAGCACGCCCUACCAGCACCUGAAUCUCAAGCCAGAUAUGCGGACAUUCCCGGCUUAUGACUUCCGAUAA